AUAAAAAUAAUUCCUAACGUAGAUCGUAAACAAACGAAUAUUUUUGAGAGAAUUCCUAAGAUAGUUAAGUUGAAAACCCGUAAUUCGCCGUAGUGAUGGAGAAAAUCAAUCUAAACCUUUCGACACGCCCGAAGAUAAGCAUCCUGGAUAAGCCCUUGAGUCGUGGCAAGGGGGAAGUUUCACUGAGCUGCUAUGCGCUGCUAUUUUCGGAAGUGGUCCAGUAUUCUCAAAGUCGCGUCAAUACCAUUCCAGAUUUGCAGAAUAAGUUACACGAUCUAGGAAAAGAUGUUGGCUGUAGGAUUAUCGACUUGUAUUUUGUGAGGGAACGCAAUUCCAAACGUGAAACUAAACUAAUUAACAUGUUACUCUUUAUUAAAACAACAUUGUGGAAGACUUUGUUCGGAAAGGAUGCUGACAAACUGGAGCAUGCAACCGAUGACGAAUGCACAUACUACAUCAUCGAGAAGGAGCCACUGGUCAACAAAUUUAUCAGCGUGCCGAAAGAUAAGGGUUCCCUGAAUUGUGCCGUCUUCGUGGCCGGUAUUAUUCAGGCGGUACUAUCAAACUGUGGCUUUACAUGCCAAGUAUCGGCCCACUGGCACAAAGGAACCACAUAUAUGGUCAAGUUCGAAGAUCAUGUUAUCAGCAGAGACAAACAGCUGGAGGAAAAAUAAAACAAGUGAUCUAUUUAUUAUGCCAAUUAAA